UGAAGAGGUGUCUUUCACCUGGCACGCAUCGGUUUGCACAUUGUUCGGCUGGUGGUCACUCACGAAAGCACUCCAGUGAGCUGUUGCAUUCUAGAGCAGUUCAACGGUAGCCUGACUGCCCAUUGGUGGUAGUUUCAUGAAAGUGCAAGUUUCAAUGCACACCUUUGCAAUGUGAGGCUUAGUAGAAUGCCUGGACCUUAGUCACUAGAGCUAGCGACGCGAGAAGUUGGACCCGUUGAAUGGCGAAGGCACGGACGAUCAUCAUCAGCAGUAGGUCGGCUGAUAGCGAUCAUGAGGUCCGUGUGGCAAUGGAUAGAUGUUUCAAAAUUGUACACUAUUCAAUUGUUGAUAAUUAGGCUGUUCAAAUCAAAACUAGAUUUUAUUUCCACACGGCCGCUUAUGACAUUGUAUGGAAUGUAAGCGCUAAUCGUUUGGUAGAACUUGUUUUGAAAGUGAGCCACAAUUUUACAUAGCAAGCGAGAAGCUGGCAGAUGUAAAGAUACAGCAGUAUACCAAUUGCUAAUCAAUCUUGUUUUUUUUUUUACUAGCGAAAAACACUUCAUUUCCUGUCAUGUUUGUCAUAGUCGUCCAAUUAGCUACUAGUCACGUGUGUUGCAUCGAAUGUUUUUAAAAUCCGGGUCUGAAAAAUUUACCCCCACCCAGAGGCAGAUAGUAACAUUUGCAUGCUUUCUUUAAGCAAAUAUAAACAAACAUAUCUUUCGUCUAGCGUUCCCUUUCCCAGAGGGUCAACCAAUUCCCACUCUUACCAGCAGCCAUAGGAAAACCAAAAAAAAAAGCUCCCCAGUGUUAGAUCAUCGAAAGAGGUAAGCUUACACCUAUAGUGCUCUCCCUUUUGCGUGGUUCGGGCAUCUUGCUGCACUAAGCACUAGUUGCAGGCGAAUUGCAAUUGCACCUCGGCACGAACCAACCAAACGAAUCAAACCCGCAACCUACGUCCGGCGCGCACCUGGACACGCACCGGCCACCAACGCUCCGUUACUUUUGCCCGAGUAGCAGAAGUCUCCAAGUUUCCAAGUAAGCGCCAAGUCAAAAUCGUAAAAAGUCACUAACUAAAAAAAAAACGCAGCAGAAACAAAAUACACACGCCAAGACGUAAGCCAUCGAUGGCUUGGUACAGCAAGCUGCCGUGCAAGUACCCGAACGAGGUUGCAGCAUUAGACGAUCACCACCACCACCACCGUUAAUAUCGAGUGCUAAGCUUUGAUCCCGGUCAUCAACUGCAGUUUGCAGUUGGUGCAUGCAGUCUUGGAAUCACUUUCACUCGAACAGGACAUCAGACGGACAGUGUUAGUAUAACCGGCCCGAUGUUGGUGAACGGUGCCGUGUAUCGAUUUGCUGCAGUUUGCCAAACUAAUGGCAACUUUGGUCAUUGUUACCCUGCCGUUGUGUGGUGUUUUUGAGGAAUAAGACGAGUGUCGUGAAUAGAAUAAUUGUGUAAAAAAGGAAGGUUUUUGGGAAGAAAGAAUUCUUUGAAACGCCUGAAUAUUGUUGCAAGUGGCGGUUUGGUUCAGUGUACUUAGUUUCGGUCAAGGAUUAAUACGGCAUCACGGUAUCAAAACAGUGAAUGGAACCAGUCUCGCUAGUGUGUCGUUCUGUAACGCGUGUGGCUGUGGAUAUCGUACCCUCAACACCAACCCCAGUACUGCUGCAAUGGUAACCGUUCCAAUCCGGAUCGCUCGGUUACGUGAACGUCGUAUCUUGGUGGUGGCGUGGUUGCUGUUGGUGCAGCUGCAGCUAGCAAAAUGUGCCCAGGAGCGUAAGAUCGACGAACGUUUGUCGCCAUUUCCGGGCUUGGGUGGUAGACAAACUUACGCAACGUACAACACGCAAUUGCCUCCAUCGGUUAGAGAUUUAACGGCAGGUGAUCGUAAUGUUGCAUCUCGCCCGCCCGCGAAUGGUAACGAGCAUGUGCAGCAGCGAGAAUCGGUUUCCACCACGAUCGAUCGGUUAGAUCCGACCCAAGCCGAUCUCGUACUGCCAAGCUACGAAACGUCCACGGUACGGACCGGAGGUUUACCGCCGGUAUACAAAUACACCGACAAUGUGUUCCGAGUGGCGAAACGGAAAGCGAAAAUAUCGCCACACCCGGAAACGGGAACGCUGCCCAGAAAGUCCCAUUCGAACCGGUCCUUGGGAACCGGUCGGAUGGUGAUGCAGCAGGCUGACGAUACGUCGUGGUCAUCUUCCUCGGCAGCGGUGGCGUAUGCGCCCGGUAAUGUGGCGGCCCUGAUCGCACACCGCGCAGAAUUGGGGCUGCCGGAGGAAACUUUGUUCCAGCUGUUUACCAGCCUCUUCGAUCAUGGCAACUGGAACAUCCUCGAGCUGAAGGGCCGUGUUGGUGAGCAGUGUGCGGCCCAUAUUGGGCUGUACUUGCGCGAUCUGCGCCGACAGCGUGGCUGGGCAUUGAAGGCAAGCGAUUCGAGUGGCCGGUACGGUGGACAGUACUUUUUUGGCAACGAGUUUUGGAUGGGUUCGCUAACAUUCUGUGACGAGGUUAAUCGCGUCCUUCGGCUUACUCCAAUGCCUCCCGGUGCGCGGCAUCUUGAGAUGCGAUUUUUCGUCGCUAAAAUAUCCGUCCAACUGGAACGCUUGCUCUCGACACAGUCCAGCUCGAUCCUGCUGGGACAAUGUUUGCCCAAGUCCUGCACGGUAGAGGACAUCACCGAGCUGCUGCGUAGCGAUCCGAUGCUGAAUCUGUUAAACAAUAGCACGUCGAAUGUGGUGGUAGCGGCCACACCAUUACCGGACGGGAGUCCUUCGACUGCUCUUACCAUCCAGCACGUACGACCCGUCCCUGGCAGCUACAAUCUGUGGAGCGAUCCGAAAGUGUUUGCACUGUUCACGGUCCUGACGGUGCUGAGCGCGUUCAUAGCGUACGCGUCCUGCGGCACCGGUACGGAGGGUAAACCGAAGGCGAGAGGAUGGCCGAAGAAAGUGCUCGACUCGUCCGUGGCGGGCGUCGAUGGGCAUCAUAUCAAGCGUGAGCGUGGUGUUGCAGACGGUGGUCGGAUGGGAGAUGCGCUCGAGAUGCACAAAAUCAAUGUGGAAAGUAAUAACAAUGUGUCGGGUGGUAAUGGACAGCAGGCUCCGCCGGCAACGGACGGGAUGUACAAGGACCGCAAGGAAACACGCUUUACCAUGCACGACAUCCUGAGCUGUUUCGAUGUGGGACCGAAUGCGGCCUCGAUCCUGUCGGUGGAACGUGCAAGCGAGGAUUCACUGACGUGUGUCCAUGGAUUGCGGCUCUACUCCCUGCUCUGGACCGUGCUCGUGCAUACGUACUUGCAACUGUUUGCAGUUUCCGAAAAUCGGUUCGGAAGAAAGAUUGCGGAACGUUCGUUCCUGUAUCAGCUCGUCGGCAACGCAAGCUUCUCGGUCGAUACGUUCUUUUUCAUCAGCGGUCUAUUGAUCGUGUACCUUUAUUUGAAAUCGGUCACCAAAUCUGGCCAACCGGCCUCCAAAAGUGUAAACGUUGAGGAAUGCAACGGUUCUACUACUGGCGGGAACCGAAACACUCCUGCAAGCCGUGAUACAACCCUCGGGGGAGCAUCGCGUAAAGUUGGCCUUUCGAUCUUAUACCGUUACCUGCGGCUAACUCCUGUCUACUGGGUUACGAUAGUGACGAACGAAAUCAUCCUAAAAUGGACGUACGAUCGCUCCGUAUUUACGCCGGGCAUCAUCGAUCACAUUACGUGCGAUCGGUUCUGGUGGCGCAACAUUCUCUACGUUAACAACUGGUUCCCAUUUACCGAGAUGUGUAUGAUCUGGUCCUGGUACCUGGCGAACGAUAUGCAGUUCUACGUGAUUGCGAUCGUGCUGCUCAUGAUUUCCUCCAGAAAUUUCCGUCUUGCCGUCGGUUUGCUGUUCCUGUGCCUGGGCGGUUCGUGGCUGCUGUCGAUCUAUUUCUCGCUGCACUAUCGCUACACACACAAGGUGGCCGAUCCGUUCGAAUCUUUCGACAUCCUCUAUGACAAACCGUGGCAACGCAUCGGACCGUACAUUGUUGGCAUGAUAACAGGAUACAUUCUACAUCGUCGUCCAAAUGCGCCAAGGAUUGUACCACCGCUAAGGCUGCUGCUGUGGACCAUUUCGACAGGGAUCUUGAUUGCGCUCAUCUUUGGCGUUUGGAACGGUGAACUGAGCGUGCAUUGGACGGCUUGGUAUGUCAGCGUUGGACACACGGCCUGGGGUUUGGCACUGAUGUGGAUAACGCUGUCCUGCUGCUGGGGCUAUUCGAACUUUGUCAACGGACUGCUCUCUUAUCGAGGUUUCUUCCCGUUGAGCCGGCUCGCCUACUGCACCUACCUGAUCCAUCCGGUCGUUAUGAUGGCUACCUCGUUCCAGCUCGAAGCACCAAUGCACCUGCAGCACGUCAUCAUCAUCACGGCCUUCUUCGGUAAUGCGGUCAUCUCGUUCCUGAUCGCGUUCGGAAUGUCACUAAUGUUCGAAGCGCCAGUCAUUAAGCUGUUGAAGCUGUUCUUCCAGAAAGCAUAGUGAAUAAAAAAACCUGCUCAGUAAAAAAAAAUAACAACAACAACAGCACACGUACAAAAUCCAUCUCACGGCGUAUGGAUGAAGAACGCUCGAGCGCGUGUCCACUCGAACAGUCCGGCGACCCUAUUCCGGUACACAGUUUUCACGGUCAUCACGGCGCUACCGAAGAAGCGUGCAGCAAUACUACACGAAACCGCGGGGAAAAUAAAAUCCAAUCGCAUGGAGAAAGUGAAUGACAGACGGUGCUCGUUCGGUCGGUCCCGUGAGGCAUGCGGAGGGAGAUGGACAGUUGCAAUCAUGCGGGCUGGAAAAAUCGCGCUAUCGACCCUCGAGAGGAAACACUUCUGCGGCAUGUGAUCGGCAUUUCAAGCUUCACCAUCAUCACCAUUACCAUCAUCAUCGUCAUCGACCGUAUACCAUCAUCCUCAUCUUGGAGUGUAUUUUACGAGGCGCGUGUCAAAGACUGAUCAGGAAAAUUUGUUUUUCGUUUCAUUGUUUUUCCAACUCUCCCUUUUCCCCCGGAAUGUUCAACACCCCCGGGUUCGCUUCUUCUGUCCUGGGUACGUUCGAUUCGUUGCCGUCUUUAAUUUUGCUGUUUAUCUACGGACACGUCUGUCUGUUUGCCUUUUUUUUGGACCAACUUUUAAUCGUAUCAAUUCAUACUUUUGCUCAUAAUAAUAAUGAUGAUAGACGUUAACAAAGGCAAAAGCAACAACGAAAAAAAAAACGCACACAUUCUUCCCAAAAUCUAAACUGGCACAAGAGCGUGACGGAAACGCGUGUAAAGAAAUGGUUUCCCAAUUGUUCACACACGAUUGGGUGCGAUUUAUAUUGCCACCCAACCUAGAGAGCCUUGUUAAGAGUGAAUGUAAAUGAAACUCCUUUGUAAAUGGCUUCCUGUCUUUUAUUGUUUUGUUUUGCUUUGGCCAAGUGCAUGCCCUCGGUGCAAGAAUUACCAACAUUUUACGUUUGUAAGGUUUAGAAUGUUUCACGGAUAGUGUUUAAGCAUUACAUAAGUUGUAGAUAAACAUUAACAAAACUACAAUAAAUGAACUUUAACAAAA